AUGGAGAUUGGUCGCAACCAAAUGCAUCAGCCCAAUAAUGCUGAAAUAAAAGCACGUAGCUAUAAUAUGGCGACAUUAAUCCAAGCAGAGCUCCGAAGACUACCUUUUGUUACUGAAGAAUGCUGCAUCCAUCGUGUUUCGAAACGACUUCUCAAUAUUCAUCGUACAGCGUAUGAGCCUCAACUCAUUUCCAUCGGCCCUUUUCACCAUGGUCGAAAAGAUUUGAAGCCGAUGGAACAAUUUAAACUACAAUUUCUCCGUAGAUUUAUUGCCCGUAUAAACAGACAACGACUUUCGUACAAGGAUGUUGUUGAAACCGCUUUGAUGUGCUGGGAGACAAGAGCUCGUAAUUGCUAUGAAGAUUUUGCCAACAACAUGAAUAGCCACGACUUUGUCAGAAUGAUGCUUGUGGAUGGUUGUUUCAUAGUCGAGUUUUUGGUAUCUGUUUAUGGUAUAUGCCCUCAAACUCAAUCUACAUCAACAUCAAGAGUCGAUCCUUUAGUAUUCAAAGCCAUGAACAUAAAUUUAUAUCAUGACUUGAUCAUGCUUGAAAAUCAACUUCCUUUCUUUGUUCUUCAGGAUCUUUUUGACUUAAUUAUUCGAGGAACAGAUAAUAGCUUCACCUUAGUAGACAUUUUACAUAAAUUUUUUGGAGAUAACUUUAUGAAACAUAAUUGUGAGACUCCUCAAAAUAAGCCCCCUAAAGAAAACAUAAGACAUUUAGUGUAUUUCUUAUGCUUUUACUAUUCCCCAACCAAUGGAGACAUUAUUGAGUGCAAUAAUAAUAAAUCUUUGUUGCUUCCUCCAUCUAUAACUGAGCUUCAUGAGGCUGGAGUGAUCUUGGAGAAAGGAUCAACAGACAACAUUUUGAACGUAACCUUUAAAGAUGGGGUUCUUAAGAUCCCACCUUUUGAAAUUCAUGGUCUCUUCGAAAUCUAUAUGAGGAAUUUGAUGGCGUUUGAGAAUUUUCAAGGUGUAAAUGGGAAUCAAAGCUAUGCAAUCCAUUAUGUUUUGUUUCUAGGGGCCUUGAUAAGUAGAGAGAAAGAUUCAAGUUUACUUAUGAAGAAGGGAAUCAUAACUAAUCUUAUUGGAGGAAGUGAUGAAGAAGUUUCGAAUAUGUUUAAUAAUAUAGGAAAAGGUGUGACAUUUCAAGGACAUUUUUACUAUGAAGAUGUAAGCAAAGAUUUACAUAAGCAUUGCAAGACACGAAGGAACCGGUGGAUGGCUUCAUUGAGACGUGAUUAUUGUAAUACGCCAUGGGCUACUAUUUCUCUCCUUGCUGCCAUCUUUGUUACUUUCUUCAUUUUCUUGCAAACCAUAUUUUCUGGAAUCCGCUUUGGAAUGAAUCCACAUAUGUAUCACAUUUAA